GAUAUGAUGCUAAUGAACUGAAUGCCGAUUUUUGAUUUCUUCAAGAUUUCAUUCGAAGUUUGGCCCUUGCACGUCUGCAUUGAAUUGGCUAGCUUUCGUCCAAACACUUUUAUUGCCGAGCAGCCUGACCAACCUUAGCAGUUACUUGCCGCCAGCCUACCACUCCCGCCCAAGGAAAGCCUUCAUCAUCACCAUACACACGCCUCCAAAGGAAUCCUAGAAGCAGAGCCACUCCACUCCACCGAUGGCGACCGCCGCGGCGGCGUUCGCGUCGCAGGUGCUGCGCGGGCGGUGGUUCAUGGCGUACGGCUCCUUCCUCAUCAUGUCCGCGGCCGGCGCCACCUACAUCUUCGCCAUCUACUCCAAGGACAUCAAGUCCACGCUGGGCUACACCCAGGAGCAGCUCAACACCGUCGGCUUCUUCAAGGACGUCGGCGCCAACAUCGGCAUCCACGCCGGCCUCGUCGCCGAGGUAACCCCGCCCUGGCUCGUCCUCGCCGUCGGCGCCGCCAUGAACCUCGGCGGCUACCUCAUGCUCUACCUCUCCGUCGCCGGCCGCGUCCGCCCCGCGCCGCCGCUCUGGCUCGUCUGCCUCUACAUCGCCGUCGGGGCGAAUUCGCAGGCGUUCGCCAACACCGGCGCGCUCGUCACCUGCGUCAAGAACUUCCCCGAGAGCCGCGGCGUCAUGCUUGGUCUCCUCAAGGGGUUUGUCGGGCUCAGCGGCGCCAUCUUCACCCAGCUCUACCUCGCCUUCUACGGCCCCGGCGGCGGCGGCGUCGACACCAAGCCGCUCAUCCUGCUCGUCGGCUGGCUCCCGGCCGCCGUCUCCGUCGCCUUCCUCGGCUCCAUCCGGAUCAUACGCGCGCCGCGGUCGCCCGUCGCGGCGCGCCGGGAGUACCGCGCGUUCUGCGGGUUCCUCUACGUGUCGCUCGCGCUCGCGGCGUUCCUCAUGGUCGCCAUCAUCCUGCAGAAGCGGUUCCGGUUCACCCGCGCCGAGUACGGCGUCUGCGCCGCCGUCGUGUUCGUCAUGCUGCUCCUCCCCCUCGGCAUCGUCCUGCGCGAGGAGGCCGCGCUAUUCAAGUACCACAACAUCACGAACGCGCCCCCGGCGCACGCUGACGCGCCGGUUCUGUCCCCGCCGGUGACCGCGGCCACGAAGCAGGGGACGCAAGAAUCCCCCGCGACGACGACGGCGGGUGCGAGAUUUCUGGCCGCGCUGAGGCCGCCGCCGCGCGGCGAGGACUACACGAUCCUGCAGGCGCUGGUGAGCGUGGACAUGCUGCUGCUGUUCACGGCGACGGUGUUCGGCGUCGGCGGGACGCUGACGGCCAUCGACAACAUGGGCCAGAUCGGCGAGUCGCUGGGGUACCCGCAGCGCAGCGUCGCCACCUUCGUCUCCCUCAUCAGCAUCUGGAACUACCUCGGCCGCGUGGCCGCCGGCUUCGCCUCGGAGGCGCUCCUGGCGCACCACCGCGUCCCGCGGCCGCUGCUGGUGGCAGGCGUGCUCCUCCUCGCCGUGCCGGGACACCUCCUCAUCGCGUUCGGCGUGCCGGGGUCGCUGUACGUGGCGUCGGUGAUGAUCGGAUUCUGCUUCGGGGCGGCGUACCCGAUGAUCCUGGCCAUCAUCUCCGAGCUCUUCGGCCUCAAGUACUACUCCACCCUCUACAACGUCGGGAACGUGGCCAGCCCCGUCGGCUCCUAUAUCCUCAACGUCCGCGUCGCCGGCCGCAUGUACGACCGGGAGGCAGCGCGGCAGGGCGCCGUGGCGGCGGUGGCCGGAAAGGGCGUCACGUGCGCCGGCACGCUCUGCUACAGGGAGUCGUUCCUCGUCGUCGCGGCGGUGACCGUAGGCGCGGCGGCGGUCACGCUGGCUCUGGCGUGGAGGACGCGGAAGUUCUACGCUGGGGACAUCUACGCCAGGUUCAAGGAGGGAACCGCGGGCAAGGGCGCCGCCGAGGAGCCGGUGGCGGAGUCCAAGGAGCAGGCGGAGGUGCAUGGGCGCCGGGGAGGCGUUCAGCGAGAAAGCGACUGAUGGAUGCAAAUGUCGGAUCAAAACAAGUUUUUUUUUUGUCCAGAGAGCAGGUAAGAUUGGAAAUUUUUGUUCGUUUUAUGGUGGGUUUUGGAUUGCGAAUUUUGUAUGACCAGGUGAUAGUUAAUCUCUACAACAAUAUCUUCUCUGCAACUAAAAAAAGGGAGAAGAGACAAAAUUUAAAAAGUUUUUUUU